AUGGCUCCGAGCCUAAGCAAGAACUUAUUAGACGCCGUCGGCCUUACAGAUGAUCAUCAAAACCCAUUGUCAAUAACACUAGAAGGACCGACUUUUCUUGCUAAUGGCCAUCCAAUUCUUACUGAAGUCCCUCCAAACAUUAUUUCUACACCAUCACCAUCACCGUUUCCAUUUCCAUUUCUGUCUGCUAACAAGACCAAGACCAAGAACAUUGUGAGUUGUUUCGUCGGGUUCGAUGCCGAUGAGCCCAAAAGCCACCAUGUGGUUCCCAUCGGGAAGCUCAGUGGGAUAAGAUUCAUGAGCAUAUUCAGAUUCAAAGUCUGGUGGACAACCCACUGGAUUGGCAAUAGUGGGAAAGACGUGGAAUAUGAAACCCAAAUCAUGAUUUUGGACAAAAAUGACUUGGGACGCCCUAACGUUUUACUUCUUCCACUCCUCGAAGGAUCUUUCGGAGCUUCUCUUCAACCUGGGGUAGAUGAAUACGUGGACAUGUGUGUAGAAAGUGGGUCCACAAAAGUUUGUGGGUCCAGUUUUAGAAGCUGUCUAUACAUGCAUGUCGGCGAUGACCCUUAUACCCUUGUUAAGGAAGCCAUGAAAGUUAUAAGGGUACAUUUAGGUACGUUUAAGCUUCUGGAAGAGAAAACCGUACCGGAUAUCGUAGAUAAAUUUGGGUGGUGUACUUGGGAUGCAUUUUAUCUUAAUGUACACCCUCAAGGUGUAUGGGAAGGGGUAAAGGGCCUAGUGGAGGGUGGAUGCCCUCCAGGUUUAGUCCUCAUUGAUGAUGGUUGGCAGUCCAUAUGCCAUGACGAUGACCCUAUCACUGACCAAGAAGGUAUAAAUAGAACAGCAGCUGGAGAACAAAUGCCAUGUAGAUUAGUAAAAUUUGAAGAAAAUUACAAAUUUAGAGAUUAUGAGAGUCCUAGGGUACCCUCUGAUAAGGGGAUGGGUGCCUUUAUCAAAGAUCUUAAAGAAGAGUUUGAGAGUGUCGAACAUGUAUAUGUUUGGCAUGCUCUAUGUGGGUAUUGGGGUGGGAUUAGGCCUAACGUCCCAGGUAUGCCUGAAUCUAGGGUAAUUACCCCAAGAUUGUCUAAAGGCUUACAAAUGACAAUGGAAGAUCUAGCCGUGGAUAAGAUCGUCAACAACGGAGUAGGACUGGUCCCACCAGAACUGGCCCACAAAAUGUACGAGGGACUACACUCUCAUCUUGAAUCGGUAGGCAUCGAUGGCGUCAAGGUUGAUGUCAUUCAUUUGUUGGAAAUGCUAUCAGAGGAAUUUGGUGGUAGAGUAGAGCUUGCUAAAGCUUAUUACAAAGCAUUAACUGCUUCCACAAGGAAACAUUUCAGAGGAAAUGGUGUGAUUGCAAGUAUGGAGCAUUGUAAUGACUUCAUGUUCCUCGGAACAGAGGCCAUAGCACUUGGGCGAGUUGGGGAUGAUUUUUGGUGCACUGACCCAUCUGGAGAUCCAAAUGGGACAUAUUGGCUACAAGGGUGUCACAUGGUACAUUGUGCCUAUAAUAGCUUGUGGAUGGGCAAUUUCAUACACCCAGAUUGGGACAUGUUCCAAUCAACCCACCCUUGUGCUGAAUUUCAUGCUGCUUCGAGGGCCAUUUCUGGAGGACCAAUGUAUGUGAGCGAUUCUGUUGGCAACCACAACCUCAAAUUGCUCAGUAGGCUAGUGUUGCCUGAUGGCUCUAUUUUGCGCUGCCAGUAUUAUGCACUUCCUACCAGAGAUUGCCUUUUUCAAGAUCCAUUGCAUGAUGGUAAAACCAUGCUCAAGAUUUGGAACCUUAACAAAUAUACUGGAGUGGUGGGACUCUUCAAUUGUCAAGGAGGAGGUUGGUGCCCUCUGUCCAGGAGAAACAAAUGUGCAAACCAACAUUCACUCUCAGUGACCUGCUUGGCAAGUCCUAAAGAUAUUGAAUGGAAGAGCGGAAAGAAUCCAAUAUCUAUCAAAGGUGUGAACGUAUUUGCUGUUUAUAUGUUCCCGGGAAAGAAAUUGAAGCUCCUUAAGUCAUCAGAUAACUUGGAAAUUUCACUUGAGCCAUUUAAAUAUGAACUGCUUACAGUUUCUCCUGUGACAAUAUUGUUCGGAAAAUUAAUCCAGUUUGCUCCUAUUGGACUGGUGAACAUGCUUAAUUCCGGGGGUGCAAUUCAGUCACUAGAUAUUGAUGAUGAUAAGAAUUUGGUUAGAAUUGGGGUUAAGGGAAGAGGAGAAAUGAAGGUUUUUGCAUCAGAAAAGCCGGUGGCUUGCAAAUUAGACGGUGUAGAUGUUCAGUUUAGCUAUGAUGAUCAGGUGGUGGUAAUUCAAGUCCCAUGGCCUAAUUCCUCAAGAUUGUCUGCGAUUGAGUACGUAUUCUAAGUAUAGAAAAAUAAAGUUUUAUUAGAAAAAAAAAAAAACCAACAAACAUGAAAGUUUUUUUUUUUUUUGAACUUUUUCCAUUUUGCCGUGUCUCAAUUUCAUUAGUAUUUCUGCUUGUAACCAUCACAUAUUCGCAUUUAAAUGUCCAUUUCCUCCCCUCAUUCCUCUUUUUCUAA